GGCCGGAAGUGGAGCGGGCCGCGUGCUCGCCGCUCUUUCUCCGGAGGAGCCCGAAGCAGCAGCAGCCGCUGCCGCCGCCGCCGCCGCGAUGGGUCGUCCGCGCAAGACCAAGAACCAGAAGAAGGAGCGCGCGGCCGCCCAGCUGCGCGGCCAGGAGGAGUUCGGCUCCGUCCCGCACUCCUUCGUCUUCCACCGCGGCCGCGUGGGCAAGAACCUGCAGCAGCUCAUCCGGGAUGUCCGCCGCGUGAUGCAGCCCUACACGGCCUCCAGCCUCAAGGUGCGCAAGAAGAACACUCUGAAAGACUUUGUGGCAGUGGCUGGACCUCUCGGUGUGACUCACUUCCUGGUGUUCACGAAAACCCCCACCAAUAUCAACCUUAAAUUCUUCCGUCUUCCUGGUGGACCAACCUUGACCUUCAGAGUUGCUCAGUAUUCGCUCAUCAAAGAUGUUGUGUCAACCCUGAAGCGGCACCGGAUGCACGAGCAGCAGUUCACCCAGCACCCACUCCUGGUCCUCAACAAUUUUGGCCUUCAGGGCAUGCACAUCAAGGUCAUGGCGACUAUGUUCCAGAACAUGUUCCCUUCCAUCAAUGUCCACAAGGUAAACCUUAAUGCCAUCAAGCGUUGUGUACUGAUCAACUAUAACCCAGACACCCAGAUCCUUGAAUUCCGUCAUUACAGUCUGAAAGUGGUGCCUGUAGGAAUAAGCAAAGGGCUGAAGAAGAUCAUGCAGGAGAAGUUUCCUAACAUGAGCCGUCUGGAGGACAUCAGUGAACUGUUGGUUAGAGACAUCAAUCUUUCUGAGAGUGAAGCUGAGCAAGACGGCAGUCACAACACCACAGAGCUGCCUCAGGCCUACGCUGGCCGGGGGAACAUGAAGGCCCAACAGAGCGCUGUCCGCCUCACCGAGAUUGGCCCUCGAAUGACCCUGCAACUGAUCAAGGUGGAGGAAGGGUUAAGCCAGGGCAACGUGCUCUAUCACAGCUUCAUUUAUAAAACGGAGGAAGAGCUCCAGGUGGCCCUGGCCCGGAAAGAGGCGAGGCUGCAGCUGAAGGCUGAGCGGCGCCGCAAGCAGGAGGCAGAUGUGGAACGCAAGCAGGAGCAGAAGCAGGCUCACAGGAAGAAGAGUCUGGAGGGCAUAAAGAGGAAGAAGAAGCAGGCAGAGGGAAGUGACAGUGAUGCGGAGGACCCUGGGAUGCAAGAGGACCAGAAGGUGGAUGAGCCAUCAGACGAUGACAUGGAGUAUUAUCGGCAGGAAGUAGGAGAAGAGCCUGAUGAAGAUCUGUUUCCCCAAAGCGCUAAGAGGAAACGAAGGCCCAGUCAGUCCACCAGAGCUGGGAAAAGGCAUAAAUGCACCCAUCCUGCUGGUGACCAGAGCCCAGCAGCAUCUGCAGGGACCAGCACCAAGGCAAGGAAGCAGAGGACCCCACGGCCCGUCCAGUGGAAGCAGCAGAAGUUGAGAGGCUUCUCUCCUCGACAGCCCAAGGGGGCCCAGAGUCAGCAGCCGAGGGAGGCUGGUCAGCCCGCGGGGCAGCACAGAGUGUCACCAAAGGCCAGGAGGAAGCGGCCCCAGGCCCCAGGGCAGCACCACACCCGGCGGCAGCCUGGCUCAAGGCCCUGGGGGCAGGGCAAGUCUGGACUGCGGCAGAAGCCGGUGCUCAAAGGGAAAGGAAGCUUCCGAAAGCCCGGACGUUCAGGGAAGAGGCCAGCCUAGAGUCCUGGGCCUCUCUCUCUUGGUUUUGUAUAGCUGUUUGCAGG